AUGAAUUCGAAGCAUGGAUAUGGAGAAUGGGAAUUUCCUAAAUUUAAAGAGGCUCGUCAAUUUCCGAAUUUUCCUAGCGCAAAAUAUCCAAUGAAGGGUUCAUCCAUCGAAAAGAAUGAAUUUUGGUCGGUGAAAUUUUAUCCCUAUACCAAACCAGAUGUUGAUCCUGUAUAUGCUGUGGUAGGUGGUAAACAUAUUUUAAUAUGUAGACCUCCUACUGAAGACAAAGGCAUCGAGACUAUCCAAUUCAUUGUCGACGAGGAGCCAAGCGCAGAUCAUUACUCAUGUUGUUGGACCAAAGAUUUAGCGACAAAUAAGCCCCUCCUUUGUGUAGCUGGGGUUGAUCCAAAAAUCAAGAUUUUUGAUGUACUUUCGGGGAAACUUAUAAGGGUGCUUACAGGACAUGGAGGAGUAUUCUUACCGAAUCAUAUUGAUCUGGAUUCUCAAGGACUGAUUAAGUUUCAGGACAUCGAUGAAUUAGUAAUUUCUCCAACAAAUCCUCACAUAUUAGCAUCUGGUUCUGCGGAUUCCACAGUUCGAAUAUGGAGUCUGGAUCCUGAGAAUGAGCAAUUUCCUUGUGCAGCCAUAUUAUCAGGAGGUCAUACAAGUGCUGUCUCAACGAUCUCUUUUCAUCAUUCUGGUCGAUACCUUUUAUCUGGUGGUGAAGAUCAUGUCAUAAGUCUUUGGGCAUUACCAGACUUCCCAGAUAAAAAUACAGGAACAGAUAUUGCAACACAGAUUCAAUAUCCACAUUUUUCAUCAUCCGAAAUCCAUACAGCUUCAGUAGAUUGCGUAUGCUUCUACGAAGAUUCCAUCCUCUCCCGUUCCGCGAACGAAGAAUGUAUCGUUUUGUGGGAAAUCACAGGUUUCGAUUCUAAAGGACUAAUUCCAGAUCAUGAUAAAGCUCCUACGCAAUAUGAGGCUGCUAAUGGGAGUUUAACUUUGACUUGUUUUACGGAUCCGACGAAAUUCGAAAGUUAUAUUAGGCUUAUUGAAUUUUCCGCCCCAGAAACCGAAACCUUUUGGAUGCGCUUCUCCCUUUUUCAAGGUCUUCCCAUUCCAGAACCACCUUCCUACAAAAGUCCCUACCCCGAUCUCAAUUCUCACGAAAGCCCCAACUCCUCCACCCACCGCACUCACCCCAUCCUCGCCAUCGGCUCCCACACCUCCAAGAUUUAUUUCUGGGACCUCACGCGCUUAGAAUCCUAUUUCGAUUACGUGCGCUCUCUUCCCACAUCUCUCACUUGUAAAAAUGAUCCUGUUCCCGACCCUUCACAUUCAACCAUCAUCGGUCUUACAUCUGAUCGGCAAAGUCCCGUUUCAGAUGAUCAUGAUACACAGCAAAAGCGCCCUCCAUUCCUGACUCCCUCUCGACCAAGAGGUUCGCGUGGAGGAACCGGAGGCGCAGGAAUAGGUAAAGGUUUCCAUAGUAGAUUUCGUGAUGUUUCGCCCGCGAGCUCUUCGACUUCUACUACGAUUACGAUGUCGAGUUCGAAUACUUUUGGUUCUGGUCCUGGUCAUGGUCAUGGUCAUGGUCAUGGUCUUUCUUUGGUUCCGGGUCAUUUUCUUGUGAAUGGGUUUGGAAAUUCAAAUUCAAAUGCAAAUACAAAUGCAAAUGGAAAUUCAAAUUCAAAUCCAGAUAAAAUCCAGAUAACAAGAUCAGAUAUCAAACUCUGGAAUGAGAAAUAUAAUCUAAAUCAGAGAGUCAAAGCGCAUAAGGAGGAGGUGGUGAGGGGUUGGAGGUUUUUAGGAAGAGGGGUGGCGUGGAGUGUGGGGGGUGAGUGGUGUGUGGUUGUUGGGGGGGAGGGCGUGGUGGGUGUGUUGGGGAGGUGGGGGGAGGGGAGGUAG